GGCCCGACCCCGGCCGGCCCCGCCCGCCCGGCCCCGGGGAGGGAUGCGGCGGCGCGGCGCCCAGGAUGCCCCGCAGCCCCGGGACGCGCCUCAAACCCGCCAAGUACAUCCCGGUGGCCACGGCAGCCGCGCUGCUGGUCGGCUCCAGCACCCUGUUCUUCGUGUUCACGUGCCCAUGGUUGACGCGAGCUGUGUCCCCAGCCAUUCCCGUCUACAAUGGCAUCAUCUUCCUCUUUGUCCUGGCCAACUUCAGCAUGGCCACCUUCAUGGACCCUGGCGUCUUCCCCCGAGCGGAUGAGGACGAGGAUAAGGAGGACGACUUCCGGGCCCCCCUGUACAAGAACGUGGAUGUGCGGGGCAUCCAGGUCCGUAUGAAGUGGUGCGCCACCUGCCACUUCUACCGCCCGCCGCGCUGCUCCCACUGCAGCGUCUGCGACAACUGCGUAGAGGACUUCGACCACCACUGCCCCUGGGUCAACAACUGCAUCGGGCGUCGCAACUACCGCUACUUCUUCCUGUUCCUGCUGUCGCUCAGUGCGCACAUGGUGGGUGUCGUCGCCUUUGGCCUGGUCUACGUGCUGAACCACGCCGAGGGGCUGGGCGCUGCCCACACCACCAUCACCAUGGCUGUCAUGUGUGUGGCCGGCCUCUUCUUCAUCCCCGUCAUUGGCCUCACCGGCUUCCACGUGGUGCUGGUCACUCGGGGGCGCACCACCAACGAGCAGGUGACGGGCAAGUUCCGAGGGGGCGUGAAUCCUUUCACCCGAGGCUGCUGUGGGAACGUGGAACAUGUGCUGUGCAGCCCCCUGGCGCCCCGGUACGUAGCAGAGCCGCCCCGGCUGCCGCUUGGCGCGCGCCUGAAACCACCCUUCCUUCGGCCCGAGCUCCUGGAGCGAGCCGCACCGCUCAAGGUCAAACUUAGCGACAACGGGCUGAAGGCCAGCCUGGGCCGCAGCAAGUCCAAGGGCAGCCUGGACCGGCUGGAUGAGAAGCCACUGGACCUGGGGCCGCCGCUGCCCCCCAAGGCGGACGCCAGCACAUUCAGCGGCGACCGGCAGACCCCACGCCCAGGCAGUGCUGAGAGUGCCCUGUCGGCGCAGAGGACCAGCCCCCCGACACCAGCCAUGUACAAGUUCCGGCCCGCCUUUCCCACGGGUCCCAAGGCGCCCUUCUGCGGGCCCAGUGAGCAGGUCCCUGGGCCUGACUCCCUGACGCUGGGAGAAGACAGCAUCCACAGCCUGGACUUCGCGUCCGAGCCCAGCCUGGACCUCCCCGACUAUGCUCCUGGUGGCCUGCAUGCGGCCUACCCACCAUCCCCGCCUCUCAGUGCCGCCGACACCUUCGCCGGCGCCUUGCGCUCCCUGAGCCUCAAGGCUGCGAGCCGGCGGGGGGGGGACCAUGUGGCCCUGCAGCCCCUGCGUUCUGAGGGUGGGCCCCCCACACCCCACCGCAGCAUCUUUGCCCCCCACGCACUGCCCAACCGCAAUGGCAGCCUGUCCUAUGACAGUCUGCUUAACCCCGGCUCACCUGGCAGCCACACGUGCCCGGCCCACCCCUUGGCUGGUGUGGCUGGCUACCGCUCACCCUACCUGCACCCGGGGGUGGUGAGCGACCCCCCGCGGCCCCCGCCCCGCAGCUUCAGCCCCGUGCUGGGCCCUCGGCCACGGGAGCCCUCGCCCGUGCGCUACGACAACCUGUCCAGGACCAUCAUGGCCUCCAUCCAGGAGCGCAAGGACAGGGAGGAGCGGGAGCGGCUGCUGCGCUCUCAGGCCGACUCGCUCUUCGGCGACUCAGGCGUCUAUGAUGCGCCCAGCUCCUACAGCCUGCAGCAGGCCAGCGUGCUGCCCGAGGGCUCCCGUGGCCCCGCGCGGCGCUGCGGCUCCAGAGAUGACCUGGUGGCUGGGCCUGGCUUUGGUGGUGCCCGCAACCCUGCACUGCAGACGUCGCUGUCCUCACUGUCAAGCGCUGUGAGCCGGGCUCCUCGGACCUCAUCGUCCUCCCUGCAGGCUGACGUGGCCAACAACAACGCCCCAGGGCCCCGGCCAGGCAGCGGCUCACAUAGGUCGCCAGUGCGCCAAGGCCCGCCCUCCCCACCCAGCACUCCUCGCUCACCCUCCUUCGCUGGCCCCAAGGCUGUCGCCUUCAUCCACACGGACCUCCCGGAACCACCGCCCUCACUGGCCGUGCAGAGGGACCACCCUCAGCUGAAGACCCCCCCAAGUAAGCUUAAUGGGCAGUCCCCAGGCCUGGCCCGCCUGGGGCCUGCUGCCGGCCCCCCGGGGCCCUCCGCCAGUCCUGCCCGGCACACGCUCGUUAAGAAGGUGUCCGGCGUGGGUGGGACCACGUACGAGAUCUCGGUGUGAGGACUGACCAGCACCCAUCUGCUGGGGCACCACGGGGACCAGGACCCCCCAGCGGCUGCCCCCCUCCCGACUCCUCUGCCCCAGGAGCGGAGGCCCAGGCUUCGUGUGGACACAUCAGCGGGAGAGAGAACUACGCCUCCACGAGCCUGUCCCUCGCCCUCCACCCAUCCGUCCACCCAUCUGCUCACCAGGGCACGACUGGGCUGAGGGCCACCGGGCUGCAGGAUCUGUGUGUCAGUGGCCCCGCCCCAUGGGUGAGGCAGUGAGGGGGUGCAGUCUGCAGCUGCACAGCCUGCACCUGUGCCCCCCGAGGUUGUCACCAGGCCAGUCCCUACCACUCCCCUUACACACGGGUCCCUAUGGCCCAGAGAUGGACAGAGGGACCUGGGCCCAUCCUCCUGGACCAAGGGCCCCACUGCCCGGCUGCUCCUAACCGGUUGCCUUUCAGGGACCCGCAGAAGUUUGUAGCUUGACAAGGCCAGUUCUUCUGUGGGGAGUCCAGCCCCCAGCCCACUAGCACCCAGCUCUGAGGUUGCUCUGGGUUCUGACAGACAGGUGGACGGACAGACGGACAGCCAGCUAUGGGUGGGGUCUGGGCUCCGUGUGUCCCGUCUCGCCCAGCUGGUGGGCGCGUCCCCGUGUCUGUGCGCUGAGCUGCCGUGCCUCGUCCCCUGUGUUAAUGCUCGGGCCCCCCUGCCCCCCUGCCGGGAAACCCGCUUUCAUUGAAGCCUUAACCUCUGCUUUAUGCUCUUGUGGGAGGCGACAGGGGCAGGUGGGAGCAGACCGGGCCGGACGCUGCCAGGGGGGCCCAUGAGACCAGGAGCCCCCUCCCUGCCCACCUGGAGAUUCCCCACCCCAAGGCAUGCAAAUCCGGGCUGCCGAGCCUCGGCGCCUGCGUGGGAAGCACACUGGGGAGGGGUCGGAGUUUCACCUGGCACCAGGGACCUGGGAGUAAGCACACGGCAGCGUCCGCUUGCGUUGUGUCUGUUUUAUGUUUUUAUAUCUACAUCUAUAUAUAUAUAUAUAAUUUUAUUAAAAAAAGAAAAAGAGUCACUUUGAUUCUUUCCUUGAGCAAGGCCAGGCUAUUGCUGCAAUGUGGGGGCUCCGGGGGCGGGGGCCAGCGGGUCAGGCUCUGGGAGAGGCGCUGGCUGGCAGCCUGGGUUCGGAUGUUCCGAGUGGGCAUUUCUGCUGACUUAAGCCGAGCUGGGGCCCUGGGAAGUGGGGGCUGAAAAGCAUGAGGUUCCCUUGGGUCCAUGUCAUCCCUAGCCGUUAACGGGUCAUUUGGAGAAAGGCUGGGGUCGCAGCCACCCCAGGGGACCCCUGGGAACCCAAGGGCUAGGAGGAGGUGGAAUGGGGGUGCAUACGGGGCCGCCCAUUGCUUUGCAAAGCUGAGACAGCCUGGGCAGAGCUGGGGGCUGGCCCAGUGUGGGAGGGACCUGGCCUGGCCCACACUGGGCAGUUCUGCUCCACGCUGACCCCCACCUUUCUGCUUCUCUCUCACGGGAUGCUGCGGCCCGCAGGGGGCGGAUCGGCACCUGCAGCCGUGGAUGGGGGUGGCGUGGCCAGUCCAGGGUGCCCCCCGGCCUGCACCUGUGCCACCUUGGCCUCCCUGAGGACCACUCGACGCUGCGGGCCCCCUGGAGCCCGGCUGCUGGGGCUGUUUGCCGCCCGCACUCGGCCGCCUCCAGCCUUUUCCCUGGCCUCUUGGGGCCUGAGCGGGACGCCAAGUAGGCAGCUCUGGGGCCCAGGACAACCUAGCCCUAGGAGCCAGGCUGCCACGGACCCUGGACCUGGGCUGGGGGUCCCCUCUCCACCAGCCACACCUUGACCGACUCCCAGCCCACCGGGGCCCGUGACCCUGUGCCCACCCACCUCAGGAAGUCCCCACCUACCGCAGGCUGUCCAACACCCCAGGCGGGGGCCCUGGAGCUGUUGGGACCAGCACAGCCUUCCCGGGGUGUCAUGCCAUCACCCCAACUUCCCUGUCUGACCAAGCACUUUAGAUGCCACUUCCUCCCCAGGGAGCCCAGGCCUCUAUGGGUUGGGCUGGGGUGGGGGUCUCAGGUUGCCCCCGCAGGUCACUGCACUCCCUCCUCCCUGCACCUGACACAUGAACGGAUGCCUUAACCUGGAGCUACCAGCCUGGUGAGCGGUCCAGGCCCCGCCAGGGUCGGGAGGAGCCCCUGCUGCCCAGUGCGGUUCAUGGACGGCUUCUGCCCUCGCCCCGCCCGGGUGGUGCUCACUCUGAGAUGUCACAUCCGGGGAGCUCAGAGGGCUCCGCUGUCCCCUACCCUGCAGUCUCUGGCCAGCAGGGCCUGGGCGCCCCAGGGGCAGGGAAGGGCCCGCCAGCCCUUUUCCCGCCCGGGCAGUGGCUCUGUUUCUCCCACUGGGGGUGAGCAAGCCACAAAGCUAUUCUCUAUUGUUCUGAAGCGGAUUCCCCUCGCCCUGAUUUAAUGCCCUAAAUAAAAUGUUUGGUGUUUA